CGUCAGCUCCCGAGCCCACGUAACUGGGAGGUGGGGCCUCGUGGUGGUGGUAAUGGCCAGAGCACGGUGCAUCACCCUCACAGGACCAGGGUGAAGGGACAGUACAGACACCACUCUCUGCUCCUGCUCUGCUGGGGACAGGCUGGCCCUUGGUGGAUGUGCCACAAUGACAGUGAAGAAGACUCAGGCUCUGCAGGAUGGAAGUGCCAAGGAGAACGUGCUGCAGAGGGUCCUGCAGCUGCCCGUGGUGAGCUCCACCUGCGAGACCCUGCAGCGGAAGUACAGCAGCACCAAGGAGUCCCACCCGCUGAUGGCCUCGGUGUGUGAGGUGUACGAGCGGGGCGUGCAGGGCGCCGGCGCCCUGGCCAUGUGGGGCAUGGAGCCCGUGGUGCGCCGGCUGGAGCCGCAGUUCGCUGUGGCCAACAACCUGGCUUGUCGGGGCCUGGACCACCUGGAGGAGAAGAUCCCUGCCCUCCAGUACCCUGUCGACAAGCUCGCAUCUGAACUGAAGGACACCAUCUCCUGCCCCCUCCAAAGUGCCAAAAGCACCAUUGGCAGCUCCAUGGAUAAGAUCAAAGAGCUGGCAGCGGAGGGUUAUGAGGCCACCAAGAGCACAGUGGAAACAACAGCUAAGUACACGAGGAAGAACUCAGUGACCCAGAUGGCAGCUGCGGGGGUCGACACAGCCCUGGGAGGGCUGGAGAAGCUGAUGGAAUACCUGCUGCCAGAGGAGGAUGAAGAAGCAGAUAAGAAGCCCAAAAAGAAACAUCUGUCAACGCCGAAGGUCUCCCAGCGGCAGCCCAGCACUACCACCACUCCCACCACUCCCAGUGCUCCCAGCGCUCCCAGGGCUCCCAGUGCUGCCAGUGCUCCCAGCGCUCCCAGUGCUCCCAGAGCUCCCAGUGCUCCCAGAGCUCCAAACAUUCCCAGUGCUCCCAGGGCAUCCAGUGCUCCCAACACUCCCAGCACUCCCAGCGCUCCCAGUGCUCCCAGUGCUCCCAGUGCUCCCAGUGCUCCCAGUGCUCCCAGCACCCUGGGCCGGAUUGGCGCCUUGGUCAGCACCGUGUCCAACCGCGCUUACCAGCAAACCACCCAAAGCCUCCAGCGUGCCAAAACCAAAGGGCAGGAGCUGGCCUCCUGGAUCCCCAUUCUGGGAAGCCUGGCCAAGCCGAGUGCCCCCGUGGCCCCUCAGGCCCGCAGUGAUCGGCAGGGCAGCACGGGUUGGCUGACCCGGCGCCCGAGCAAGGCACCGGAGCAGAAGAAGGAGAAGGCAGGAAAGAAAGACACCAACCACACCAAGGCGGGACAGGACCCUGGGCUGGUGGGCAGCGUGGCUCACAACCUGCAAACCGCCUGCGCCUCCAGCAUCUCCAGCAUGAAGAAGGUCCCAGCCGUGGCCUGGGAUGCAGCAGAGGGCUUGAUCCUCUUCACCCCCCGCAGGCUGUCCAGGGCCAUGGAGACAGUGGAUGCUCUCGGGGGGACCCUCGUCAGCGCCCCUAAGCAUCUGCUGGGCACCCUGUACAGCUACGUGCCGCUCCGCAGGCAGUCAGUGAAAGAAGAAGAAGCACCCAGGGGCAGCAAGACCGACACGGAGAAGAAAGAGAAGAAGGAGGAGGAGGAGGAAGAGACCAAGCCUGCUGUCCCCUCCACUGAGGAGAAAUCCCAGCUGAGGAGCGACUGGCGGCUGUACCGUGGCCAUCACCCCCUCUCCUUCCUGGGGCUCGAGGACCCCCUCUUCCUGCGGCACAACUACUACCGCAGCCCUGCCUUCGACCCCGACUACCCAUUCCCACGGAAAUCCGCCUUCUCCCCCUACAACAGGCGGGUGAGCGAGGGCUCCUACCGCUUCAGCCCCGACUCCAUGUACAGCCGGGCCUACUACGGCAACUUCUACAGUCCUGUCUUCAAGAAGGACUGAGCCAGCAGGCAGGACAAGCACAUCCCAGCCCCUCUCAAAACCCCUCAGCACGCUUUGCCUGGGCCCCUGCCAGCUGCCCACACAUACCCCUGUUCCAGGACAGGAGCUUAAAGGACAGGCCAUGGGAUAGCUUAUUCUGGAGUGCAUCAAGGCCAGGAUAGAAUAAAGGCAAUGAAAAGCCCUGCUGCUGGAAGGAGAAGGUAGGGGAAGGUGGGACUAGGAAGUUGAAGGAGACGUGGAAAGAGUGGUGAGACGAGAAGGGACCACCCAGGGCUGACAUUAGGCAACCUUGGUCCCUGCUCAGCAGACAGAGUGAAUUUAGAUGGGCUGGCUACACAUUGAGAACAGCAGUGAGAGAGAGCAGGGAGGAUGGCAAAGCUGACAAACAUCACCAUAGCAAGCCUGUCUCCCCAUCCUUCCUCCCUCCAUCCCCCCUUGCAGGGCCCAUCCCUAGGCACAGAUUGCUCCUCCAUGGAGGGGCUGAAGAUCCCCACCAACCAGCAGGAUUCAUGAGUGGGAAAGCCCUGGGCACUUCCCUCGCAGCUGGUGGUGGGAUGGAUGGUGGUGUCAGGAAAAAGGCUGGUGAGAACAGGUGGAGCUCCUGGAGCCCCUCUCCCACAGGAUCACCUGGCUUCCCACAACACCUUGUUGUAUCUGCUGCAAUAAUAAACCUGCAAUAAUAAACCACCUGCCACUCA